AUGCGCUUCAUUCGUUCCCUCGCCCUCGGCAGCCUGCUCUGCGGCUUCGUCGGCGCCCAGUUUCCUUCGACCAAUGUCAAUCUCACCACCAUCACCUCGCCCGUAGACGGCAACGUCACCGUCAGCUACAAGAUCCCGACAGGCGCAUGCAAAACGGCCUACGCGAACCAGCAGCAGUACUCGGGAUGGGUCAACGUUCCGGGCCCGUUCCCGGCCAACAUGUUCUUUUGGUUUGUCGGCGCACGCGAACCGACAGACACAAUGACUAUCUGGCUCAAUGGAGGGCCUGGUGUCAGCUCGCUGUUUGGAAUGUUCACCGAGGUCGGUCCUUGCGAGGUUGUCGAGAAGGGAUUGGAUCAGUACGAUACUGUUGCGAGGGAAUGGGGCUGGGACCGCGCUUCCAACAUGCUGUUCAUCGACCAGCCCAACCAAGUUGGUUUCUCCUACGACAUCGCGACCAAUGGCUCAAUGGACCUGUUUAACGCCAACCAGUCCACCCCGCCGCAGCCAGUGCCACAAGGACAGCUCCCCGCGACGUUCCUCAACGGCACCUUCAGCUCGCUGAACACGAACAACACGGCCAACACCACUGAGACGGCGGCCAUGGCGAUAUGGCAUAUGUUGCAGGGCUUCUUGGGCGCAUUCCCUCAGUACAAUCCGCCCAACAACAGCGCGCUUGGCAUCAACCUGUUUGCGGAGAGCUACGGUGGAAAGUACGGGCCGGUCUUCUCUGACGUCUGGGAACGACAGAACGAGAAGCGCGAGAACGGCACGCUCUCCACCAACACGACGCUUGAAAUCCACCUCACCUCUCUCGGUAUCGUCAACGGCUGCAUCGACGAUCAGGUCCAGGCGCCGUACUACCCAGCCAUGGCGAACAACAACACGUAUGGUUUCAAAGCCAUGAGCGACGUCCGUCUGAACCUCGCCAACGGCAGUCUGUACACCACCGGCGGCUGCCUGGACCGUAUUCGACAAUGCCGCACCGCAAACUCCGUUUAUGACGCCAACAACACCGGCACAGUGAGAGAGGUCAACGAGUUGUGCUCUCAGGCCUACGACACUUGCAACCAAAACGUCAUGUCGCCGUACGCGGAGGCUGGGAGGAGCUGGUACGACAUUGCGCGCAAGAACCCCGACUCGUUCCCGCCGAACACCUACCUCGAGUACGUCAACACGGCAGGCUUCCAGCAAGCAAUCGGGUCCGUGGUGAACUUCACCAUGACCAGCCAGGCAGUCCUCUCGAAUUUCGACUCCACCGGCGAUUACAUGCGAGGACCCAUCAUCCCGAAGCUGGCUGGCCUCCUCGAGCGCGGCAUCCGCGUUGCUCUGAUAUACGGCGACCGCGACUACAUCUGCAACUGGCUGGGCGGAGAGGCCGCCUCCGUCAACCUCGCGUGGCAGGCCGGGACCACGUAUGGGCAGAAGUUCAGCUCCGCCGGCUACGCGCCCAUCAUCGUUAACGACUCCUACAUCGGCGGCGUCGUCCGGCAGUUCGGGAACCUGUCCUUCAGUCGCAUUUACCAAGCGGGCCACUCGGUCCCGGCCUACCAGCCGGAGACUGCGUUCCAGGUCUUCGCCCGCGUUAUCCUCGGCACGUCCGUCUCGACAGGUGAUGCGGUCGACUUGUCCAAGUACAACACGACGGGAGACGCUCACGCCACGCACACGGACAAGCUGCCGGACUCGCCGGAGCCGACCUGCUGGCUGCGCUACAUGCAGUCCUCGUGCAGCGACGACCAGGUCAAGAUGCUCCAGCAGGGCGAGGGCACCGUCAUCAACGGCGUGCUGUACAGCGCGUCCAGCGACUGGCCUCUGGCAACGCAGGCGCCGACCUCGACCCAGCCCGCGGCUUCGUCUUCGACCACGGUCCUGACGGGCGUCUUCACGGCAACAUCGACGCCCAAGAGUGGCGGCCUCACAAACAACCCCCGAGACUCGUUCGCCGCGUUGGUGGCCGCCUUCGCGGGCGUCGUGGACAGAUGGGAACGGCACUUGAUGCGGUCGGUGCCCGUCGCCCGGUGCGUGCACUUCCUGCGCUUGCAUCUCCUGGGCAAGAAGAUUGCCAAGGUCUCUGCCCCCGAUGAUGCCAAUGUCUUCGGAAAAGUUGGAACCAGCGGCCCUGCGUUUGAAAAAGCCGUGAAAGGGAAGAAGGUGGUCUCCGUUGGAAGCCAGGGCAAGUACUUUUGGAUAACCUUUGACAAACCGCCUCAUGCUGUGAUGCACUUGGGAAUGACGGGAUGGAUCCACAUCAAAGGUGACAAGACCGCAUAUACCAACUACUACAAGAAGAUGAAGGAGGGCGAAGCAGACGUCUGGCCUCCCAAAUACUGGAAGUUCCAGAUCGAAACAGAAGGCAACCCGACAGUUCAAGCCGCGUUCACGGACCCCCGCAGGUUCGGCCGCAUCAGACUCGUCGACUGCCCCGGCGAGGACAUCCGCAACCAUUCGCCCCUGAAGGAGAACGGCCCGGACCCCGUCGUCGACGUCGACGUCUUCACGGAGGACUACCUCAAGCAGAAGAUGCAGUCCCGGCACGUCCCCGUCAAGGCCCUGCUCCUCGACCAGACCCACAUCAGCGGCAUCGGGAACUGGGUCGCGGACGAGGUCCUCUACCAGUCUAAGCUGCACCCGGAGCAGUACUGCGACGACUUCAGCGAGGGGGAGAUCCGCACACUGUACGAGGCCAUCCGAUACGUCUGCCAGACGGCCGUCGACAAGCUCGGCGACUCGGACGAGUUCCCCGGUGAUUGGCUUUUUAACCAUCGCUGGGGCAAGGGGAGCAAGGGCGCCUCGACCGCGCUGCCGAACGGGGAGAAGCUCGCCUUCAUCACGGUGGGCGGGCGGACGAGUUGUUACGCGCCGGCGCGGCAGAAGAAGACGGGACGGGUACCAGCCUCGGCGAAGGAGGAACCGCUGGACGGCGGAGAGGAGGCGAAGGCUAAACCGAAAGCGAAACGGGCAGCGAAGGAUGCCGAAGCUGAGGAGAAACCCAGCAAAAAGGCCAAGGUUUCGAAGAGGGUGAAGGAGGAGGUAAAGGAGGAGUCUCCCGAGCCAGUUACCGCCGCCGCAGCGCCCAGCAAGAAAUCGCGGGGUUCAAAGGUUCAAGCUCAGAAAGCCAAAGCUCCGCCCCCUAAAACGGAGGAGAAGCCGGACGAACCGGUGGACACGGGGAGACGAAGGUCGCAGCGAUUAAGAAAAUGA